GCCAGACCCGCGCCCCUAUUAGACCUCUCUCUCUCGCAGCGAGCAAUCUCUAUUGCGAUCUAUGUAACUUCAUAAAGUGCGCGAACAUUUCACAAUGAGCAUAAACUGGAUUGCUAUUUUUUGUGCUUAUUCCCGAUUGAAAAUGUGAAGUACUUCUGUCGGGCCCCGGUUCAGCUUUUACUGUUUUGCCACGACGCUAUUCAUCGUCUAUGAUUCGAAAUGCUGGAAAACGGACAGUCGUCUUGCGCAACAUCGUAAACAUUAAACAAGAACAUUAAGAUUAACGCAAUAAAUAUUCUUCAUCAAGAUGGCGUUUACGAUACGUCGUAUGUACACGCGCACUGGUGUCGUGGUGAUGGUGGUUGUUGGUGCCGGCGGCGCUUCGGCGCGUGUCGCCGGCAAAGUUGGCGGCUACUCUAACAAAAUGGGAGGGAAGUCGACGAGCGGCAUCAACGAGGAGAUAAUUUGGAUCAGUAUUAGCAUGGCCAUUGCUAUAGCUGUUCUUAUAGCUAUUGCUUUGUGCUAUAUUCUGAAGGAGAAAUGCACUAAACGGCAGUCGUAUAAGGAGCAUUCAUGACGAUACAGACAGGAGUUCGCCAAACACGCGCUCGCGGACUCCUUCGCAGAUUUUCCACCUUACAGCUUAUAUCCUCAAUAUUCGCCAGAUGGGAAGGAGUAUUUCUACAACUUUCAUCGAUUUUCGUACGUGAGGAAUACCUAUAAGCUGCCUCCAAAAGACUAUCCUCUGAAAGAGAAAGAGGAGAUUUAUAUCAACGCGUAGUUUCGAUACAUUUUUGUAGAUUAAAACUUGCAUUCUGCUACACCACAAAGCAGAAAUAACGAAACUGAUUUAAAAUAUUAAUUAGUCACUUUUAACUUCAUGUUCAGAGAAUACUAUCCUGUAAUGCAUGUAUAUAUUAUACAUGUUGGGUAAAAUACUAUAGCUGUGUACGUACUUAUAAAUAACAUACUGCCGUCUUUGGAUAAAAAGGAUUAAUGUGUAUUGCACUGUCCAGUUUCAACUACAAAGACAAUAGCAAUUAAAUUUCAAAGACAUGUAGAUAUGUAUAGCUUAGCACGAAUACUUGUUUGUUUUAGGGAAAACAUCGAAUGUAGCGUGUGUGGUAUUUAAAACUAAAUAAAUAUUUUAAAGAAAAGACACCAAAGCGAAAGGAACUAGAAUUGGAUUCUAUAUAACUGUGAUAGAAAGUGAGUUUGAGGAAAAUUGAAAUA